AUGGCUCAGGGUGACCGGGACUCAGACCAGCUCUACAAUGAGACUGUGGCAAAGGCCUUCCUGCAGUUUUACGAGCGAACAGCCCAGGUUGUGUGGAACCGGUUCAUGGAGGCCGCCUGGAACUAUGUCACCAACAUCACCAAGAAAAAUCAAGAGGAGAUGCUCUACAAGGACGUGGAGAAGUCCCAGCACACGCUGUACUUUGGCACGCGGGCCCGCCUGUUUAAGAUCGCCAACUUCCAGGACCCGGACGUGAAGCGCAUGCUGAGUAAGCUGCUGAACGUAGACAAGGCGGCCCUGCCCAAGGAGGAGCUCCGGGAGUACAACCAGAUUCUGGCCUACAUGGAGACCACGUACAGCAUGGCCCAGGUCUGCCUGAAUGAAGGGCCCUGCCUGCCCCUGGAGCCUGACCUCGAAGAAGUCAUGGCCACCUCCCGAGACCAGAAGGAGCUGCUGUGGGCCUGGCAGGGCUGGCGGGAUGCCGUGGGUCGCCAGCUCCGCAUGACCUUUGAGCGCUACGUGCAGCUCAGCAACAAGGCUGCAAAGCUCAAUGGUUACCAAGACAUGGGGGCCUUGUGGCGGUCCAAGUACGAGUCCGACUCACUGCAGGAAGACCUGGAGCAGCUGUUCCAGGAGCUGCAGCCGCUCUACCUGAACCUGCACGCCUACGUGCGCCGGGCCCUCUACCGCUUCUACGGGCCCGAGCUCAUCGACCUGAGGGGGCCCAUCCCUGCCCACGUCCUGGGGAACAUGUGGGCUCAGUCCUGGGUCAACAUCUUAGACCUGGCCCUGCCCUUCCCGGAGAAGCCCCCCGAGGACAUCACGAAGAUCAUGCAAGGCCAGCACUGGAAGCCUGAGAAAAUGUUCCAAGAGGCUGAAAAGUUCUUCACCUCCAUGGGGAUGCUUUCCACCCCGCCCGAGUUCUGGACAAACUCCAUGAUGGAGAGGCCGACCGACGGGCGGGAGGUGGAGUGCCACGCGUCUGCCUGGGACUUCUACAAUGGGCAGGACUUCAGGAUAAAGAAGUGCACCGAAGUGACCAUAGAAGACCUGCUGUCCAUCUUCCACCAGAUGGGCCACAUCCAGUACUUCCUGCAAUACAAGAACCUCUCGGUGAUUUUCCGUGCAGGCGCCAACCCAGCCUUCGAGGAGGCCGUGGGGUCGGUGGUCACCCUCUCAGCCUCCUCCCACAAGCACCUGCUCAACAGAGGCCUGCUCAGCCAACAGCACCAGGACAAAGAGGAGGAGGUCAAUUUCCUGAUGAGCGUUGCCCUGGAGAAGAUCGCCUUUAUCCCCUUCGCCUACCUGAUGGACCUGUUUCGCUGGAAGGUCUUUGAUGGCACCAUCGAAAAGGACAUGUACAACCAGGAGUGGUGGAACCUCAGGUUGAAGUACCAGGGCCUGUGCCCUCCCAUCCCUCGGACAGAGGAGGACUUUGAUCCAGGCGCCAAGUUCCACAUCUCUGCCAGCUUGCCCUACAUACGGUACUUUCUCAGCCUCGUGCUCCAAUUCCAGUUCCAUGAAGCACUCUGCAAGGCCUCGGGCCACAUGGGGCCGCUGCACCGCUGUGACAUCUAUAACUCCAAGGAGGCUGGGAAGCUCCUGGAGGAUGUCCUGAAGCUGGGCUCGAGCAAGCCCUGGCCGGAGGUCCUGGAGAAGAUGACCGGGGAGACCAAGGUGUCUACAAAAGCCCUCAUGACCUACUUCAAGCCCCUGCUGAACUGGCUGGUCACUGAGAACGUGCGGCAGGGGGAGAUACUGGGCUGGCCAGACUUCAGCUGUUCCUUUGAAGACAGAGAAACCGGCAGGGCAGCAUUCCUGGGGAUGGAGCUGAACCCCGACCAGGUCAGAUCCGGGCAGUGGACGUUGCUGGCCCUGAGCUUUGUCAUGUUACUGGCCGUCCUGCUGCUGGGCCGCAGGCUGUACACCCUGGAGAAAACCUCACUGACUCGAGACACCAGUACACAAGACACCCCAUCCAAAACCUACUUCCUGGGCAUAGCCAUGGAGCCCCAACAAGUUGUCAAGAGACAGUGGAUGCUGCUGGGCCUCUGCCUCCUCCUGUUGUUGUGCUCCAUUGGCCUCAUCAUUUGGAUUUUCACACAGCACAACAGGAAGCCUCCGUGGAUGACAGAUGAAUGGGGGAGCUGGGACUAGACACCAGUGCAACUGCCAGCCUAUUACCCCCAACACGGGGCCAGCCAGGACAACUCUGCCCCCCCCAGGAGGCCACACUUG